UUUGUGAAGAGACGACUGAGCGGUUGGUGCUGCGUUGCCGGUCUCCAGCAGCAGUCGGCUUCUCCACGAAGAACCCGGGAGUAGGAGACUCAAAAUCUUCUCUCCCUCUCCCCUCCUGGUUACAAAACACUUGAAUACAUAAGUUAGUGGAACUUUGCUUGAGGGCAGCAAGGCGAACCCCAUCCCUACUCACUGGAGCUCAGCUUUGAUUUUUUAACCUCCCUUCCCCACCCUUCCAGAACACACACAUUCCCAUUCCAAAACUGAUUUUAUAAAGACAUUUUAAACAUAAUGAUGCAACUUGGUAUGCACUACGGCAAUGUACAGGUGUUUUUUUUUUAAUUGUUUCCGAAAACGUGACCUGGAUUUAAGAUGUAAUUUUUAAAAUUUCUAUUUCUAUUUUUUCUGCAGCAGUUGGGUUAAAGGAGGAGGAUCCUUUUAGCCUUUCAUAAACUGACCUCUCUACUUCCUCGUGUAUUUUUAAGAUAGAUUGAUGAUGUGGAAAGGGCUUUGCUUGUCUGCUAUUGAGAACUUUAUCCUUGCGGUUUUUGUGGAAACUGCUUUUGGAAAGAGAAAAGAAAUGAACUUUACUGACUUGACAUUUUUACACCUCCCGUUUUUCUAAUCUGGGCUAUUUUUAUUUUUGUUUUUUUACAGUGAGAUUUUUUUGAUCUUCAGCUACAUUUUUCGGCUUCGUGAGGAACCUUAUCAUCAAACACAAUGGCUAGCAAUGUUACCAACAAGACAGAUCCUCGCUCCAUGAACUCCCGUGUAUUCAUCGGGAAUCUUAACACUCUUGUGGUCAAGAAGUCUGAUGUGGAGGCAAUUUUUUCGAAGUAUGGCAAAAUUGUGGGUUGCUCUGUUCAUAAGGGCUUUGCCUUCGUUCAGUAUGUUAAUGAGAGGAAUGCCCGGGCUGCUGUAGCAGGAGAGGAUGGCAGAAUGAUUGCUGGCCAGGUUUUAGAUAUUAAUCUGGCUGCAGAGCCAAAAGUGAACCGAGGAAAAGCAGGUGUGAAACGAUCUGCAGCGGAGAUGUACGGGUCAGUACCAGAACACCCUUCUCCGUCCCCUCUACUCAGCUCCUCUUUUGACUUGGACUACGACUUUCAGCGGGAUUAUUAUGACAGGAUGUACAGUUACCCAGCACGAGUUCCUCCUCCUCCUCCUAUUGCUCGGGCUGUAGUGCCCUCGAAACGCCAGCGUGUAUCAGGAAACACCUCACGAAGGGGCAAAAGUGGCUUCAAUUCUAAGAGUGGUCAGCGAGGAUCUUCUUCCAAGUCUGGAAAGUUGAAAGGUGAUGACAUUCAGGCCAUUAAGAAGGAACUGUCUCAGAUAAAGCAAAAAGUGGAUUCUCUGCUGGAAAACCUGGAAAAAAUUGAAAAGGAACAGAGCAAACAAGCAGCAGUGGAGAUGAAGAAUGAUAAGGUAGAAGAGGAGCAAACUACCACCUCCGUGAAGAAAGAUGAAACUAACGUGAAGAUGGAGUCUGAGGGGGGUGCAGAUGACUCUGCUGAGGAGGGGGACCUACUGGAUGAUGAUGAUAAUGAAGAUCGGGGGGAUGACCAGCUGGAGUUGAUCAAGGAUGAUGAAAAAGAGGCUGAGGAAGGAGAGGAUGACAGAGACAGCGCCAAUGGAGAGAACCAGCAAGCAUCGUUAAUGGCUGUCAUGUGGUCUGGGAGACUGAAGGACUUGGCCACAUACUCCUUUCUACUGACAGUUGACCUUUUUAUUUAAUAUGAGGAAAAUUCAGCCACGCUAAUGUCAAAUGGAGUUUUUCGACCCUAGUUCAGAUCACCUCGACCAAGAAAAUGUAUUUCACUUGAAUUUAGAGGCCUCCAAGAAAAAGUACUCUGAUAAAGAAACCAGUUGAUAAUAGUAAACAUGACAAAAUUGAGUGACAAAUUAGUUACAUAUAAUAUGCACUAUUGAGUUUAAGAGCCUCACUUGGGUUAUUGCUGUAAUUUACAGAUGACAGGAAUCACUAUGAUGAUUCUGACUAAUAAGCACUGUUGGAGAAUUUUAGUGUUUGCAAAGGAUCUUGAUGUAGAGUAAUACUGUAACCCGUUAAACUGUUGUAGACAUAGCUACCUGAUGGGAUAACAUUUUUUCAAAUGAUCAGUAGAACAAAGGACAAAGUAAAUUGAGAAAACAUGGUUACAUUAGUAACUUUCAAGUUAAUUUUUAAAAUGUAAGGAAAUCUCAAAAAAAAAAAAAACCUGUUUAAAGAGUCUUAGAGUAAAAGCACCCUUUGUAAGUAGAACUGCAUAGCAUAAGAGAAGGAAGAAUAGUGUAAUGUGGUAAAUGCAAAAACAGUAGACAUCGAAGCCCAAGAUGAAUGGCGAUGAAGAUGUGGAUUAUUUUAUUCUAGUGGUAAUCAGAAUUGAAGAUUGAGAAAAACAUGUAAGCUCUGACAAGAUUUUUGCUUGCGCAAAAGUAACUCCUACAGUCCUUACAUAUAUCUAGAAAAGAUGUGAUCAGAAUAAUGAUAUUUGUGAAGUGGAAUAGUUCUUAACCUUGAAUGUGUAUUAAAGAUACCCGGGGGCUUAUAAGAUCCUGAUGUCCUGGCAUGUGCUCCAGAUAGGUAAAUCUCUGUGGUUGGCAUUCAUCAAUAUUUUGCAAGUUGCUUUAUUUCUAGUUUUCCACCCAAAUAGGGCACCACUACACCUUAAGGCAAAAACCAGCACUCAUGGUAAAGAUGGGCAGGGAUUAGGAAAGGACAUGGUGCUUAGAGGGUGUCUACCCAAUGAGCCUGGCUACUAGGGAGGUUAGUAAAAGAAGCCCUUGCAUAUGUUGUGAGUUAAGUGCAGUAUGAGGAAAUGGUGGCUGGUAUGUUAUAAAAGAACCAAACGCAACUGAAAGCGUCAAGGUGUACCUGCAUUGAAAUUUAUGUACCAAAGUCUAGAAUGGCAUUUGGGCAGGUAGUUAAAAGGUUAGGGGAAAGCUGGAGUAGGAGGGGAAAAACGCUUGUUUUCUAAGAUGACAGCAAAAACCAUUAAAAGUAAAUUUGCCCACCAUUCUUAGGACGUUUUGUCAGCAAAACUAAUGACGGAAAUGUCUUACAAUGCAUUGACCAAGAUAUAGCUAGUGACAGGUUGUUGAGCCUUGAGAUGUGGCUUGUGUGACAAAGGAGUUGGAUUUAAAAUUUUAUUUUAGAGUCGUGGCUUCUUUAUUGGAUAAUACAGUGCUUAGAGAAUAUUCAGUUUUCAAGCAAGUAGUGGCUACUAAAACUUAACACAAACAAAGGUAAUUACUUCCAAAAUGUUUCAUUGUUCUUGACUUCCUUGGUAAUAUUUUUGUAGGUUCAAGACCCUAUACUCUAAUAUUGAAGUUGUCUCUAGUAAGGACAUCUAGUAAGUUGCAGGCUUAAUCUAUAACAAAAUAUAGUAUAUUUGUCGGUUGUUUUGAGCUCAAGACAAGUAGAACUUUUUGUGGGUAUUACAUGUAUUCAGUAUGCUAGGUGUAAGCAGUUAACAUAUAGUCUUACUUGAUUUUCAGUAGUCAUAUUAGGUAUGUCUGCAAGUAAUUUCUGUGUUUCAAGGAGUUUCCGAGAGAUCAAGUACCUUGUUCAAAGCCCUGUGGUUAUUAAAGCUAAGAUUUCAACUUAUGUUCUGACUUAAUAUCCAUGGGUUCUAGGCCCUAGAGGAAAUGGUGUCUUUGAACUCUAGUCCUGAGUCAGAGAAAAUGACUAAACUAUUUCCUGACUACAGGUAACAACAGUAUAUUCUUAACAAAAAAGAGGUAAAAUAUCCCCACAGUGUUUUUCUGCUUAUUCUGUUAACUAAAGUCUAGAGUGGUUCAAUUGCAAAUCACAUUGAAAAAUUCUCAGCUAACUGAAAGCCUAUCAUUUCGUGUAAUUUUGUUGGGAUUCAGAAAUGCAGCAAGAAUACAGCCUCACCCAUCCAUCUUAGCCCUUUUGUGGCAUCCAGAACAUCUUAAAAUAGAUUUUCUUGUAGUUCAGACAAUUUAAACUUCCAUGUAUCUUGCAAAAAUUGCUGUCAGGACAAUACUGUGAUUACAUUUCUACCAUGACCUGUUAUAAAUAAGCACCUGGUGAUGUCAUUGCAAGAGGUCAAAAGGUAACGUCUUCACAAAGGAACUUGUGAAAGAGGUCUACUGACACAGAUUCAAGUCUUUUUGUAGACCCACACAAGUCAUAAUAGUGAAUUUGGGACAUAAGCUCCCUCCCCCAAGAAAUCCUGGACCCAAGAAUCAAUUUGUAGUUUAAUGACUCUGGAAACUCAGAUUGGUCCUUGUUUAACAGCUUUUAUUGUCUGUUUUGUCCUUGUUUUUAGGAGACCAGCCUUACCCAGAUGUACAGUAUUCUUUUUUGCUUAGAACUUGUGUUGCUUUUAGUUGACUCAUCCAGCCAAACUUGCCCUUUCUCCAGAACUUUAUAUCCACUGCACAAAAGCUGCUUCUGUAUCACCAGCGUCCUGUUAACUGAUCACCUCUAGAGACAGUGAUUGCUGUCAUUCAUCCACUCUCACCUGGGAAUACAAUCUUCUCACAGCUCAGUGGCUCUGCUGUCCACCCACACACUCCUCCUGCAUGUGAAACAAGCUCAUAGCCCUCUCAGUGACUUAUGCUGCCUUGUCCUAUUAGGCACCCACCUGGAUUUGUAAGGAUAUUUUCCUUGAAAACACUAGCCUCCCAGCAGAGUUGUCACUUUGCUGAGAAGUCUUCGGUUGAUCUCAUUUUCCCUAGCUUUCUACAGAUGUUGGGAAGCACUGCCCAACCUUUGGUGUAUUUGAGGAGUCCUUUUUUAACUUUUCUGCACAGAUUGCAGUCUCCUGCCUGCCCUUUGCCUUUUGGCUGUUACUCUUUCAUUGGUUGUUCUUAUAAUGGCAGUUAUAGCCUGUAUAGUCUUGUCAAUGUCUGUUGAAUUUUCUCUCCAUCUCGACUGCUACCAUCCCAAUCCAAGCUUUUAUCACCUUGUUGCUUCUGGGUUAACCCGUUGUCCAUACAACAGCCAUAUUGAUCUUUUCAAAACAUGCAUAUAAUCAUGGCACUUCUUGACUUAAAAUCACUCUGGCUUUAUUUCCCCUUAGGUAGGAUAAUGACACUUGGAAACAGUGGUCUGGCCCUUGCUUAUCAAUCUAGGCUCUCUACCAGAUGCUGCCUCACUUUCCCCGUAGCAGUCACAUUGAACUUGUUUCUCUUACUCCUUAUACUUCCCACCCAUUUGGUUCACCUACUACUCAUCCUUCACGUUACUGCUCAAGUGUCACUUCAGGAAGCCUACCUUGCCAUAGGUUCUCAGAAGCAGGAGUAUCAUCUUUGUAAUGCUAGUCAUACACAUCAAUAUGCAUGAUUAUUUAAUGUGUUUUUCUUAGAAUGAAAUUCAGCAGGGACAAUGCCUAUUACUGUUCAUUACUAGAUCUCCAGUGCUUAGCACAGUGUUUAAAACAAAUCGAUGUUGAAUGAAGAACUAGAAAAGGGAGAGGGAAAAAUGGGGAGAACGAUUGGCCCUCCAUGAGGCAGUUUUAGAAACAAAGCUUGGCUGAAGAAUUGAUUUUUCACAGCACACCUGGUGCCUGUCUCACGUGAGUGCACUGGCCUUACUUUCACUGAAAUAGUUGGCAGUCCCUUCCCAAUGUCAGCCUCCCGCAAAUCCCUCAGUAAUACAUGUCUGAUGCCAAGGGGGUGUGAGGCAUCAGAAAGAUAAAUGUGCCCAUUGCAGUUAAUCUUUCAGUAUCUUUAGGUCCAAUAUACCUUACAAAGCCCACUCUUUACCACUCAACUCCUGCAUUCUUUUAACUUUUAAAAUUAAAGCAUAUACUAUAAAACGGGCACAUCUUAGUCACACUGCUUGAAGACAAUGAAGUGAACAUAUAUACACCUGUUUGAGCACCGCUUGUCAGGAUGUGGAAUAUAACUAGCAUCCCAGAAACCACCUUAUCAUCCUUGCCCCCACUGGGUAACAGUCAUUCUUCUGACUUGUAUCACCAUAGAUAGGUUUUGCUUGUUUUUGAGCUGUAUAUAAAUGGUAGUUCAGGCUUCUCUGUGAGUGAGAUGUGAGAGAGAAAAACCUGGAUGCAAUAGUUUAUUUGGAGGUUGGUUCCAGGAUGCAGGGAUGGGCAAGUGGCAAGAGUUAAGGAAAAACCAAUAUAUGGGUGUUAUUGAAGUUGAAUACGUAAUGCUUCCCAAGUUUUCUGACUUACAGGAGACUAGGAGACUGAACUAUUUGGCUCCUGAUCCCAAUUGAUUAAGAGAUGCCCUCAAGGAGGUUCACUUCCUUGCAAUUCAGAGCUGCAGCUGACCUUAGUACGCUCCAGCAGCACUGAAGGACAUUUGGAUUGUUUUCAGUUUGGGGUAACUGCUAUGAGUAUUCUUGUACAUGUAUUUUGGGAACAGACGUAUACAUUUCUGUUGGAUAUGUAAUCGAGUGGAAUUGCUGAUUCCUAGAGAAUGUACAUUCAACUUUACUAGAUCUAGCCAAAUACUUUUCUAAAGUGAUUAUGCUAGUUUAGACCUUCAGUAGCUGUAAAUGAACAUUUCAGCUGCUCCACAUCCUUGUUAGCACUUAGUAUUGUCCUUUCAAUUUUAGGCUUUUUAAUGGGUGUGUAGUGGUACCUCACUUGGUGUUUGCUUUUUGUAAACUAUUGAAGUGUAAAUUACAUAAAGGUACACAAAUGUACAGCUGUGACUUGUCACUGAACACACACACAAACCCACAACAAAUUAAGAAUUGGGACAUCACCAGCACUCCAGAAUCCCCAUGCGUGUUCUCUUCCAGUUGCUAUACCACUGUCCUAAUGAUGUCUGUAUCCCAAUACAACACCAUAGAUUUCUUUUGCCUGUUUUUGAGCUUCAAAUAAAUGAGAUGAUGUAUUCUGUACUCUUUUGUGUCUGGCUUAUUUGAUUCAACAGUAUAUUCAUAUAGUUCUUCUAUAUUGAUGCAUGUUGUAGCUUGUUCAUUCACACUGUUGUGUAAAGUAUUGCAUUGUAUAAAUAUACUCAACUGAUUCAUUUUGUUUACAUGCAUUUGGGCUGUUUCAAGUUUUGGCUAUUAUGAAUAAAGCUUCUAUGAACAUUCUAGAA